AUGGAACUACCAUUUAGCGUGGGUAUUUCCACCUCCGUAUUUAAUUCCAAAGACUCUGUCUCACCUCAACUCAGCGACAGGAACAUACCUCUUAGUGGUACCACGCUGGGAGCGAGUCUUUUGGCGAGCCAACCUAAAGUCACGAUCACUGGCAGCACCGUUCAAAAUAUACAAUCUGGAGCAGACGGUGAUAGACACGGUGACCGGCCUACCACCCCCCAAGGUGCAGGAAAUAACACUGGAGGUUUGGAAGUGUGGGGGUGGUCAGGGGAUUUAAACGGCUGGGAUGAUAAUCAAGUACAGCUUCUGAUGUCUUCCUGGCGUGCUUCCACCCGCAAGACAUAUAAGGUAGCCUGGAACAGAUGGCUACACUGGAGUCAAAACCAUAAAUUAGACCCAUAUCAUCCUGAUGGUUCUAUGCUCGCAAGAUUUCUAGCAGAUAUGUACUUAAUUGAAAAUUUGUCUUAUAAUACAAUAUUGCUUCAUAAGUCAGUAGUAGCGACCCUUUGUAACGCCAACAAUAGUACAGAACUAAGUUCACAUACCUUAGUUAAACAUAUCCUGAAAUCCAUAGCUUUAAAGAAACCAGCUUCUCAUAAGCCUCCUGUAUGGAACAUCGAUACAGUUGUGGAUUAUAUACAGAAAAACUCAGUAGACAAAAACAAUGUUUUCGCUACAUCUAGACAUACCGCCAUACUAUUAUUACUUUGUUCUGGAAGACGUAUUCACGAUCUUACAUUACUAUCAACAGGUUCGCAUAAUUUUGUCGAAACUAAUAAUAGCUUAACAUUGUGGCCUCUCUUUGGUUCAAAAACCGAUAGUUCUGAUUAUAGACAAUCAGGGUGAAAACUAAUAACCAACAGCGAGAAUAAAAAUUUAGACCCAGUUUUUUGGGUUAGACAAACAAUUAAGCUUCUUGAACCGAGACGAAAGCUGUCUAAUUCUACAAACCUGUUCAUAAAUAUAAGAGGGAAACCUAAACCUGCAUCGCGUACUGUAAUUGCGGGGUGGGUUAAAUCAAUACUCCUAGAGGCUGGUAUAUUUGAGUCUGCUGGUAGUGUAAGAUCAGCCGUAGCAUCUAAAAAUUUUGCGGAUAACUUUCCUAUUGAGGAGAUAUUAGCUAGAGGUAAUUGGAAAUCCUGCAAUACUUUUACUAGAUUCUAUAAACGAGAGGUUAAGCCACUAUCAUCGAAUAUAAAUGUUACCAGUUUAUUUAAACCAGCAGAUUGAUACCUAUGUCAUAAUUUACCUAUUUUUACUACCUUACAAUUAUAUAAUAAUAGAUUGAUUAAAUCAUAAAAUAUUAAUUAGCCAAUCAAAAUGUAGGUAUAAUGAUAAGAAGUUUGUAAUAAACAAAACUUAACGAUCAACUAAAUAAAUAUUGAGCUAGAUAUUUACCAUUACCAUUGUAUAGUUUUUUGUUAAUAUUCUAUAACAACAAUGAUGUUUGAGUGUUGUAAUUUAUUUGAAAAAUAUAUUUAUGGUUUGUCUAUUGCAUUUAUUUAUUUUUUUUAUUUUUUAUUUAUUACAUCCCAUAAUAGCAUAUUACAUAUCUUCUUUUACGCUGUGUCACAUUGGCGUCCCCCUACCACCAGGCGAUAAUAAACAAAUCUCAAACAAGUAAGCUUCAAAUAUCGGUCAAGUGUUUAAUAGCAGCGUUUUACCUGAAAAUAAAACGCAUAUUAAAUACUUACCAUAUUUGAAGCUUACAUAAAUUCCUGCCUGGUGUUUUUCGACACAAUGGCGC